AUCAACUAAACUAUAUAAGCCACAGCUACUCGAUUUCAAGGAUUCCCUCAUUUUCCAAUCAACACCCGUUAGACUGCGCAUUAUCGAACUAUCAAACCCCCAAGAAGCUCAUUCGAUUUCAAGUGCUCUGUUUAAUCUCGCUCGCUAAAUCCCAACUACAAACCCUAGCUCAGUCUUUUGCGAUGGUUCCGUUCACUUCGACAUCUUCCUCACAGAUUGAGUAUAUACUGCACAGUUCAAGGGAUUCCGAUCCCCAGUCUGUAAUGGAUGCGCUCGCCCAGUUUGCAGAAUAUGGAAUCGAGGGGAGAAAGCUGCUACUUGGAGCCUUAUUUGAUCACCUUGAUAUUUAUGGAGAAGACCUGAAGAAUAAGCGAUUUGAUGAAGUCUAUGCUUCAAUUUUUAAGUUCAUCUUGAAUAAACCCGAUUUCAGCACUGUUUUCCGUGUGGUGGUAAGAGAUCUUACAAUCAAUGAAGAACUUCUAGAAAAUUUGUGUAAUGCAUUACAGUUGUCAGCAUUGGAGAGAAUUGAGGUUGGUCUGGCUUUGUCCGACUCUGACACUGCUGAUGUAAAAAUAUGUGGGAAAAGCUACUGCAUGCAUUGGAUUGUUGAGUUAUGCUCAAAUCAAAUGUCUUUGGAUUCUAUGGAACGAAUUCAGGAACAAAUUCAGAAGAUUUUAUGGAUUCUUAAUAAAUCUGAAGGCCUUUCUAAGCAUUUAGACUUGUUUAUUCACAUGCUGUCGCUUGUCGGAUUGAAAGGCGGGUCCCAAUUGAUUUUACCUCCAUUGCUUUCUAAGGAAGUUUGUGGAACCAACUUUUGGAGGAACUUUGAUUCUUUUAAUGAUGAUGGUGAAGAUGAUUUUGAUUCUCUUUUGAUAGAGACGGAAAAGGAGAUGAGCAUGGCUGAUAUAAUGAAGGAUUUAGGUUAUGGAUGCACGGCUAAUGCCAUGCAAUGCAGAGAAAUCUUAUCUCUCUUCUUACCCUUGACAGAAAUUACUGUUGCAAGGGUACUUGGGAUGAUUAUGCGCACCUAUUCAGGACUGGAGGAUACUAUGAAUAUAUUUUCAACAUUUGGAGCUGCUUUUGGAAGUACUAAUGUGAAUGAUUUACCAUCGCCAAGUUCAUGGGAUGCUGAUAUACUCAUGGAUGCUAUCAAGAUGCUAGCUCCUGGGCUAAAUUGGGUAAUUGUUAUAAAAAACCUAGAUCAUGAUGGGUUCUAUGUCUAUAAUGAAACGGCAUUUUUCUUCAUCAUGUCCAUGUAUAAAUGUGCUUGCCAGGAUCCCUUCCCUCUCCAAGCUGUCUGUGGUUCUGUCUGGAAGAAUUCUGAGGGACAGCUAUCAUUUCUGAGUCAUGCUGUCUUGGCUCCUCCUGAAGUAUUUACCUUUGCUCAUUCAGGGAGGCAACUGGCAUAUGUAGAUGCUGUCAAUGACAACAAGUUUCAACUUGGGCAUUCAAAUCAUGCUUGGUUGUGUCUUGAUCUUCUGGAAGUCUUGUGCCUGCUUGCUGAGAGGGGACAUGCAAGCUAUGUUCGAUCUAUUAUUGAGUACCCUCUUAAGCACUGCCCUGAGAUCUUACUUCUUGGCAUGUCACACAUUAAUACUGCAUAUAAUCUUCUUCAUCACGAAAUAUCUUCAGCAGUUUUCCCUAGGAUGUUGAAAAAUGCUCUUCGGAUGGGCAUGAUCCAUUAUUUAUGGCAUGUCAAUCCAAACAUUUUGGUGAGGGGGUUUAUAGAUGCUAUAGCAAUUGAUCCAGACAAUAUUAGCAGAGUUUUGGAGGCCUGUCAAGAACCAAAGAUUGUUUCACCAGUGUUAGAUAUGCUCCCUUCUAAUAUUGGCAUUAGACUUGCUGCCGUAGCUUCUCAGAAAGGGCUCAUAGAUCUUGAGAAAUGGUUGAGCACCAACUUAUGCAUAUUUAAGGAUGAGUUUUAUGAGGUAUGCUUAAAGUUUCUAAAGGAGGUUCAAUUCGGUGUUCAUGAUGUCUCUGCCGACUGCUUUCAUCCCCCAACUGCUCUUUCAAAUAUUUAUCUGGAAGCUUCAUCCGUGUUCGUUAAGAUUCUUCAGUCUCACAUGGAGUUAAUUUCCUCUCCUCACUUGCCCAAGGAAUUGGAAAAGCUGAACGUGACAUUAGUGAAUUCUAACUCAAGGUCUAAGACUGUUAGCGCUAACUCUUCAACCUCAGAAGCUCAUGCCGAUGACAUUGAAGCAGAAGUGAACUCAUAUUUCCAGCAAAUGUUUCAUGAAGAACGGUCGAUUGACUCGAUUAUUCAAAUGCUUGCUCGGUUCAAAGAAUCCUCUGAUAAAAGGGAACAAGCAGUUUUUGAAUUUAUGAUUGCCAAUCUUUUUGAGGAAUAUAAAUUUUUCUCAAAAUAUCCAGACAAACAGCUUACAAUUGCUGCUGUUCUCUUUGGAUCCCUUAUCAAGCAUCAGCUUGUAACACAUCUUACUCUUGGAAUUGCCUUGCGGGCUGUUUUGGAUGCUUUGCGAAAACCCGCUGAUUCAAAAAUGUUUUCUUUUGGCAUUAAGGCUCUGGAUCAGUUCCGAGAACGUUUAAUUGAGUGGCCACAAUACUGCAAUCACAUUUUACAAAUAUCCCAUCUCCGUGCGAAUCAUUUGGAUAUUGUUCUAUACAUUGAACGGGCACUUGCAAGAAUCUCAUCUGCACAUUCCGAGUCUGAGAUAAGCCAUAUUGCUGUUACUGACCAGAUUCCGGGAUAUAUCCAGCCUUCCACAUCGAAUAUGGAGGGUCCUACAUAUUCAUUGAGUGCACCUGCUAGCUCCCAAGCAGGCAUGCAAGUGCCAUCUGCAGUUUUACUAACUCCAAGGCAGCAGAGCACUUUGGAGGAGAGAAAAAUCACAGCUGUCCCUGUUCAAAUGAAAAAUGUAUCAUCCACUGGUCCAGUGACUGUCCCUUCAAGCGAGGCAUCUAAUAUUCCAAAGCCACAGAGUGCGCUCAGUUCUUCAGCAGCGCUCACCGUAUCCCCGGGUUUUACGCGUCCAUCACGGGCAAACUCAACAAGGUUCGGAUCUGCAUUAAAUAUUGAAACACUUGUUGCUGCUGCUGAGAGAAGAGUAACACCAAUAGAGGCACCAGCCUCAGAAGUGCAGGAUAAAGUGUCAUUUAUCAUUAAUAACUUGGCCAUUCAAAAUGUUGACACUAAAGCAAAAGAAUUUGCUGAAAUAAUAAAAGAGCAGUAUUACCCCUGGUUUGCUCAGUAUAUGGUGAUGAAAAGAGCUAGUAUUGAGCAAAAUUUUCAUGACUUGUACUUGAAGUUCUUAGAUAAGGUGAACUCAAAGGCCUUGUUCAAAGAAGUUGUCGAAGCUACCUAUGAAAACUGCAAGGUUCUGUUAGGAUCAGAGCUUAUAAAGUCAAGUUCAGAGGAACGUUCAUUGCUAAAAAAUCUAGGAAGUUGGCUAGGGAAGAUAACAAUUGGCAGGAAUCAAGUUUUGCGUGCUAGGCAUAUUGAUCCAAAGCCUUUGAUCAUAGAGGCUUAUGAAAAAGGGCUAAUGAUUGCAGUUAUUCCUUUUACCUCGAAGAUAUUGGAACCAUGUCAGAACAGCAUAGCAUAUCAGCCCCCUAAUCCAUGGACAAUGGGUAUACUUGGAUUACUUGCUGAGAUUUAUGCAAUGCCGAAUUUAAAGAUGAACCUCAAAUUCGAUAUUGAGGUGCUGUUCAAAAACCUUGGCGUAGACUUGAAAAAUGUAGUGCCAACUUCUCUGCUUAAAGACAGAAUUAGAGAAGUUGAAGGGAAUCCUGAUUUUUCAAAUAAAGAUGUUGGAUCUUCUCAGCCCCCGAUGGUUACUGAUGGCAAAUCAGGAAUUACACCUACCCCUAAUCCGGUUGAAUUACCGGCUGAGGCUACAAAUCCAUCUCAUCCUGGUGGUCAUCCAAGAUUAUUAUCUCAGUAUGCUCCUCCACUCCAUCUUCCAUCUGCAACACUUAUGGAGGACGAAAAGCUCGUAGCUUUUUCUGACCAGCGUCAAGUCCUCUUGCAAGGGCAGACACCAUUUUCUGUUAGUCAGCUUCCUGCACCCACAUCUAAUAUUGAACAGCAAGUUAUCAUCAACCCAAAACUUCGUGCUUUGGGCAUGCAUUUACAUUUUCAAAGUGUGCUUCCCACUGCCUUGGAUAGAGCUAUGAAGGAAAUAGUUACUAGCAUUGUGCACCGUAGUGUUUCUAUAGCUACUCAAACAACAAAGGAACUUGUUUUGAAGGACUAUGCCAUGGAGUCAGAUGAGACCCGAAUACGUAAUGCUGCACACCUGAUGGUUGCUAGUUUAGCAGGAAGUCUCGCUCAUGUGACAUGCAAGGAACCUUUACGUGGCUCAAUAUUGAGCCAGCUUCGAAGUAUGCUCCAGGGAUUAAGUAUUACUAAUGAGCUCCUUGAACAAGCUGUCCAACUAGUGACUAAUGACAACCUAGACCUUGGUUGUGCGUUUAUCGAGCAAGCUGCAACUGAGAAGGCAAUACAAACAAUUGAUGAAACUAUUGCUCAACAGCUUGCGAUGAGGAAGCACAGAGAGGGUCCUACAUUCUUCGAUUCAGGUCUCUAUACUCCAGGACAUUUAGGAGUUUUACCUGAAGCUCUACGUCCUAAACCUGGCCGUUUGUCUCAUUCUCAACAACGAGUUUAUGAGGAUUUUGUUCGUUUGCCUCUUCAAAAUCAAUCCGGGCAAAGCUCAAAUGCUUUGCCUGUUGGUCCUUCUCCUUCACCAAGUAGCAGUGCUGUGUCUCGGGCUUAUAUGACUGGUUCUGCUCAGAUGAAUGCUGGAAUUUAUUCAGCUGGCCUUGUUAAUGCAGGAAUUGCUUCCAUGCCACAGUCGUUAGAUAUUGGUACAGAAGAUACGGACAUUAGUUCAUCCCAGCUUCAUAGUGCUUCCUCACCUAACAUUGGGAUUGGUGAUUGUGGUUUUGAAAAUGACACUAUUACACCAUAUUGUCCAGCUUCUGCUUCUGACCUGCAGCCUGCUGAACAGUCUAAUGUUGUAAAGGAGUUAGGUCGUUCGGCACAGGCACCAAAUCUAAUAGCAACUGUUGAGCGUCUGGGGAGCAGUAUGUCAGAGCAGCUAUUGACCACAGGAGAUGCAAUGGAUAAAUACCAGAUUGUUUUAGAGAAGCUUGAAAGCCUAGUGUCUUCUGAUGCUAAAGAAGCAGAAAUUCAGGGUGUUAUUACUGAAGUUCCUGCAAUAAUUCUUAGAUGCAUGAGUCUAGAUGAGGCAGCCCUUGCCGUGGCUCAAAAGGUGUUCAAAGGAUUGUAUGAAAAUGCAUCAAACAGUGUGCAUGUUAAUGCUCAUCUGGCAAUUCUGGUGGCUAUUCGUGAUGUCAGUAAGCUCGUUGUUAAAGAGUUGACUAGCUGGGUGACUUACUCUGAUGAGGAGUGGAAGUUCAACAAAGAAAUUACUUUUGGUCUUAUACGUAGUGAACUUCUCAACCUUGCUGAGUACAAUGUUCAUAUGGCAAAACUUCUUGAUGCAGGAAGAAAUAAGGCUGCAACUGAGUUCGCCAUAUCUCUUAUACAAACUUUAGUGAUGAGUGAAUCCAGAGCAAUAUCUGAGCUACAAAACAUUGUGGAUGCACUUGCAAAGCUUGCCGCCAGACCUGGUUCUCCUGAAUCUUUAAAACAGCUGGUUGAGAUGGCUAAAAUUCCUCCGGCUGUUGUAGUUCCACUGUCUUCUAGAAAUGACAUUUGCUCUGAAUCCGUGGAGCCUGACCCUGCUGAAUUUCGUGAACAGGUCUCCAUGUUAUUCGCUGAAUGGUACCGAAUAUGUGAACUUCAUGGAGCAAGUGAAUCUGUGUAUGCACACUAUGUUACACAACUGCACCAGAGUGGCCUAUUAGAAGGGGAUGAGGCCUCAGAUCGCUUCUUCCGCUUGCUCAUGGAACUCUCGGUUUCACACUGCUUGUCAUCUGAGGUAAUUAGUUCAAGUCCUCAAUCACAUCAUGUGCAACCUCUGUCAUUCCUUGCUAUUGAUAUUUAUGCUAAACUGGUGUAUUCUGUUCUGAAGUUUUAUCCUGCGGAUCAAGGAGUGAGUAAGCUUUCCCUUUUGCCGAAGGUCCUUGCAGUAACAGUCAAGUUCAUUCAGAAAGAUUCUGAAGAAAAGAAGGCUUCCUUUAAUCCCAGACCAUAUUUUAGACUAUAUAUUAAUUGGCUCUUGGAUUUCUGUUCAUUAGAGCCAGUUUUUGAUGGUGCAAACUUUCAGGUUCUAACUGCUUUAGCAAAUGCUUUCCAUGCCCUUCAACCCCUCAAGGUUCCUGGAUUCAGCUUUGCCUGGCUUGAGCUGGUUAGUCACAGGAGUUUCAUGCCAAAACUACUCACUGCAAAUGCUCAGAAAGGAUGGCCUUACUUUCAGCGAUUGCUGGUCGACCUAUUUCAGUUCAUGGAGCCAUUUUUGAGGAAUGCUGAACUUGGAGAAGCGGUUCAUUUCCUAUAUAAAGGGACACUCAGGGUGCUGUUGGUUCUCCUUCAUGACUUUCCGGAGUUCCUUUGUGACUAUCAUUUCAGCUUCUGUGAUGUAAUCCCCCCAAGCUGCAUACAGAUGCGAAAUAUUAUUCUCAGUGCAUUCCCUCGCAAUAUGAGGCUACCUGAUCCUUCCACUCCCAACCUGAAGAUUGAUCUACUGGCUGAGAUAAGUCAAUCUCCACGGAUUCUUUCUGAAGUUGAUGCUGCUCUUAAAACAAAGCAGAUAAAGAGUGACAUAGAUGAAUACUUGAAGACAAGGCAACAUGGGUCUCUGUUUCUUAGUGAGUUGAAGCAAAAAGUGUUACUCUCUCCUGCAGAGUCUGCCCGUGCAGGGACUCGUUACAAUGUUCCUCUUAUUAACUCUCUCGUUCUUUAUGUUGGAAUGUUGGCUAUACAGCAGCUGCAAGCAAGAACUGUAUCUCAUUCUCAGGCAAUGACAAGCAGUGUGUCAUAUCCUGUUUUCUUGGUGGGGGCUGCUCUGGACAUAUUUCAGUCAUUUAUAAUGGACUUGGAUACUGAGGGUCGCUACCUCUUCUUGAAUGCGGUUGCUAACCAAUUGCGAUAUCCAAACAAUCACACACAUUACUUCUCAUUCAUCCUCCUCUACCUUUUCUCCUCCGAACCAAAUCAGGAAGUGAUCCAAGAACAGAUCACAAGAGUCCUGUUGGAGCGCCUAAUUGUCAACAGACCUCAUCCCUGGGGUCUUCUGAUCACUUUCAUUGAGCUGAUAAAGAAUCCUCGAUAUAACUUCUGGAGCAGGUCAUUCACCAGGUGUGCGCCUGAAAUUGAGAAACUUUUUGAAUCAGUUUCGAGGUCAUGUGGAGGGCCUAAGCCGGUAGACGAUAGUGUUGUAUCAGGUGGGAUACCAGAGAACAUGCACUAAUAUAUUCAGCUUCCAAAACGAAUUAGCACACAGGAAUACAGGAUGAGGGUUUAGUCUCUUCCAUUUUGCUUCUCCUAUUGGUGCUCGCUAGGAUAUGCAAUUGCGUAUGUAACCUUCCUCAAUUAGUUGGAGUGCAGAUAAAUGUAUACCUUUUUUCAAUUUCCUAGCGUCAAAAGGCUGUAACAUUUUUUUAUCAUAGGCUGUAACAUCAUAUUAUGAAUUAGUUGGAGUAAUGGUCUCUUUUUUGGGCCUAAAAAAUGUCUUCAAG